ACACACACACACACACACACACACACACACACACACACACACACAUACACAUUGUCCCCCCACGUGCUGCUGUGCCAAUAAUACUUACAGAACAGAAGUUACUUUAUCUACUACUAAUCUAUAUUCAGUAGAGCACCGCACACCUGGUUAUUCACAUGGCAUACAUUUACUACGUGGCCUGGCAGAGAACUAGCCUACAUUCGCCACUAUGAUGGAGAUGUCAAUACCGACCAGUGCAUUGCUUCUGUUGCUUCUCUUGGCGCAUGUGACGGAGGGGAAUGUACCGCGACAACUUGACUCACUUCCAUUCCCAAGUCACUUCACUGCUUCCCAUGACGUGAGCCUUGAUGACCGCUACAACUGCACGGCGGGGGACGCACAGCCGCCCAACAGGGUGGACACGGCUGAGAGAGUUGCCAGGCUGCGUCAAGAGAUGGCAUAUUACGGUCUGGACGCCUACUUGAUCCUGACAGAUGACGAGCAUCAGAAUGAAUUCGUCAGCCCGGCGGAUAUGCGACUACGUUACGUUUCUGGAUUCUCCGGAUCAUGGGGAGUGGUGGCCGUGACAAUGGAGCAGCAGGCGUUAUGGGCAGACUCCCGCUACUUCUUGCAGGCGGACAACCAGCUGGACUGUCACUGGCUGCUGAUGAAGACUGGCCUUGCUGGUGUACCGCUGCCAGCGGCGUGGUUGAGGGAGGUGCUGAAGGCAGGAGAUCGAGUGGGCAGUGACCCAAUGAUAAUGACAGCGACCGACUGGAUGAGCUACACCGUCACGUUGUCUGAGAGCGGGAUCAAGAUGGUGCCCGAGACAACCAACCUCGUCGACAUCAUCUGGACAGACAGACCGCCACACUCCACAGACGCAGCGUUCGUGCUGCCCCUCAAAUUCGCUGGUGUGUCAUGGGAAAAUAAAGUACAGCAGGCCAGGACGGAGAUGCUCAGUCGAGGCACAUCCAUGAUGGUACUCUCAGCACUAGAUGAAAUUGCCUGGCUUCUGAAUCUUCGAGGAAACGAUAUUCCAUACAAUCCAGUGUUCCGUGGGUAUGUUAUGCUGGGACAAGAGCAACUGCAGCUCUUCAUUCCCAGCGAGAAGGUGACUCCUGAGGUGGAGGAUCACCUCAACACACAACACUGCUCUUCAGAUUUCUGCGUAAAGAUUCUUGACUAUCAGGCCAUCAAGGACAGCCUUAUGGCGCUUGAGGAUGAACCUUCCGUAUCUUCUGUACUCAUCAAUCCCUCCACUUUAUCAUACGCCUUGUACAAUGCUAUCCCUGCCAGCAAGCGUACUACAGGCACAUCCCCCAUCUUGGCCAUGAAAGCUACUAAGAACCCCGUGGAGAUCAAGGGAAUGAGGAACGCCCACCUUAAAGACGCAGUAGCACUAUGUGGUUUCUUAGCACUGCUGGAAAAAGAGGUUAACAUGGGCGUCUACUGGGACGAGCUCUCAGCAGCGACAAAAUCUGAGGAAUUUCGGCGCCAGCAACAAGACUAUGUACAGCUGUCCUUCGGUACGAUCAGCGCCUUCGGACCUAACGGUGCUAUCAUCCAUUACCAACCAAGCUCCGAGACAAACAUACCGCUGGAUACCUCUUCCCUAUACCUCAUUGAUUCCGGAGCGCAGUUCCUGGACGGAACGACAGACGUAACUCGCACGGUGCACUUUGGGUCCCCAACACAGCAGCAAGUAGAGGCGUAUACCCGCGUGCUGCAAGGACAACUUGACUUCGCAGACGUUGUCUUCCCUGCCAACUCCGGAACAUCCCUUGGUGAUAUUGAGAUAUUGGCCAGGAAGCCUUUAUACCAAGUGGGCCUCAACUAUCUCCACGGCACCAGCCACGGCGUCGGCAUGUUCCUAUACGUCCAUGAAGCAACCCUUCCUGCUUUUGGGGUCGGUGAAUUCUUGUCUGAUGAACCUGGUUUCUACGUGGAUGGCGAAUAUGUACGACUCGAAAAUGUGGUGGAGGUAGUGCAGAAAACCACACCGUAUAACUUCAGUGGGCCGUCCUUGUCGUUCUGGGCGACGACACUGGUACCAUAUGAACCAAAGCUUAUCGACUUCAAGUUGCUGAGCCGCCAUCAGUGCGAAGUGCUGAACGGAUACCACAGCAGGGUGAGGAAAGAGGUGGGGGAGGAAAUGCUGAUCCAAGGACUUCAGGAGGCCUAUACGUGGCUUCUCUCCAAGACCAACCCAAUCAGCUGCGACUCAUAAGAAGAAUCACUUCACUACACCUUUUGAGUGAAUUUUGUAGGCUUUUCAGUGAGGAAUGCUAACGGUUGCAACACGUGAACCAUGUAUAAAGAAUUUCCUAAAAUCUCUCUCUCUCUCUCUCUCUCUCUCUCUCUGAUUUAAUUUAUGCAGAUGGUCAAAUAAAUAGGUACUUCUUACCGAGGAUUAUGUUAA